UCUUGCCUGUUCUUGGACCGCCUGCCGAGAAGAUUUCACCAUCCUCCAUGUCCAUGUGAAAUCUUCCUGGCGAGAUCAGCAGAAGAACCCGCCCCGGGUCAGCGGCAGCGAUGCGCGUCCGUGCGCCGGCAGGAUUCGCCCGCCGGCGAUCACAGCUGCAAUAAACAAAUACUACUAUGUGUUGAGUGAGGGCAAGGUUUCAUGUACACAAGUUGCUUCUUCUGCGGCCGCCGCAGCAUCGAUCGAAGGCGACGCUGACGUGCCGCCUGCCUGCCUAACCUCGCCGUCAGUGAUGGAUGCACCUGGACAGAUCUUUGGUCAGAGCUCCUCCCUUGACUGGAGAUAAAAAACAGUUAAGGUAAAGUCUAUCAGGAAAGGUGGGGUGAGCUGAGGAGGUGUUCAUGGAGAUGGAGGGGAGGGGCCUGUCUGACCUGUUCAGGAACACCAGUGAGGAGAUCUUUCUGAAGGCGGUGAUGGAGAACUCGAUCGGAGUGGCAGCGGCACCGAGCAUGGAGAUGAUGGGGUUCAGAAACAUGUCGCAAAGUUUCAGAGAAGACAGCGAGGAGUUGUUCAACAGCUGGCUUAUGAAUGGAGAGAUUCCAGGCUUUGGUCACCUGAAUAAUCGGCCUCGGCAACCUUCUAGGUUGUCAUCAGAAGUGGCUGGUAUUCAACAACAUGGUCUUCAACAACAGGACAUUUCACAACAAAAUUUUCUCACCGAAAACAUAAUUCCAGAGAACUCUGUGGUUCCUCCUGAAUACACGACUAACCAUAACCAGCAACCGCUUAGGAAUGCAGCAGAGAAAGGAAUGCAAGCCAGUGAUAUACUUUUGGCAAAGGCCUGGUUCCACUGCACUCAACCAAUGACUAGAAGCAGAUCUUCAGAACUGAGGAGGAGGUAUGCUGCGAUGCAAAGUAAUUUGGCACCAAUAGUGACAGGAACACAUAAAGCAACUGACCAAUUGAGACUAGAUUUCACAAACGUAAACUCCGCUAACAGUACCCCAAGGGGCAACACACCCAUUCAGACCCCAACAUUUAUAUCUCCUUCAUGUUCAUCGACGUCCCCUUUGGAUAGUCCGCAUAUGGUAGCACAAGAUACCGUUACCUCAGUUGUUAGCAUGCUCAAGGAUACGCUCGAGCGCAAGAAGCUCGGUAGCCCUGCCAACAGAGACGCCUCACAUGGCAGUUCUUUUGGGUUUUACGACAAUCAGCAGUUCCAACACAACAUUCUUGGAGGAACAAACAUCUUUCCCCUGGUGACAACAGCCCAUGCUCAGGACUCCCUGAUGCUUCCUGAAGUCGAGAGACCCAUGGAACCAAACACUGGGAACUUUGUUGCUCCUACGAACCAGGUUUGGAUCAGUGCAGUGUCCCGGGAGCCCUCACAGAGUGGAUCAUCUACCGCUAUGACGGCCCAGUCAGCUGGGUUUGAAGUAUGUGAUGAGCUACCUCCCAUGGGUCAAGCACUGUCUGUGUGUGAGAGCACUAGGAGAAAUGCUGCAAAUGGGACAUCUGACUGUAGAUCAACAGGCAAAGACUACAGAGAGAGGGUACUAAAAGAUAAUCUGAAGGAUGACAGAAAGAAAGUGAGCCUGACUCGAAUGGGAUCCAUCUCAUCAGAACAAGCAGUUGAUAAAGGAGAUCCCACGAAGAAACGCAGGGUAGAGCGCACACGCAAAAUGGCAGAAGCAAAGGAACGAAGUUCAACGCCAGUAAUACCAUCCGACAUGCAAGCGGUACUUAAGCGCUGCGACAAUCUAGAGAAGGAGGUCCGGUCGCUAAAGCUUAACUUGUCAUUCAUGAAUCGGAAGGACUCAGAACAGACAAAGCAGAUCGAGGACCUUCAGAAGCAAAACGAAGACCUGGCGGAAGAGAAGGAGCGGCUGCUAGAGGAGAUCGAACGAAUCGCCUCUGAUUCCACCACAUAAUCAAUCACCUUGUCACUAAUUGCAGUGGACUUGGAAAGAGUCCCUACUAUACUACCUAGAUACAGAUACACACCCACACCAGAGGCAGCAGAAUUAUAACAGGUGCUGGCCUGAAUGUACCAUUCUAUUCAUGUUCUUGUCCUAAUUUAACAAAAUACAGUGAUUGUGAACUGAAUUUUUAGUUGUAUUCAGCAGUCCCUAUGGUAGCUUGAACUAAUCAGACAGAGUGACAAACAGCACCACAUAUAAAGCCGGUAAUGCAAGAUGUUCAGAAAUAAGGACAGGAUUUGCAUUGUU